AAAAAGAAGUCAUAUUAUAGCAUUUCAAUAAGAAUUUAGAGUUGUCGGAAGUUAUCAGGAUUAUUGAAAAGAUGCAUAGACAUUAUCAGCCGAUAACGCCGGCCAACAAUAAAUUAUUAAAGAAAAGAUGGGACCAGAGCAGAUUCGAUAUUCACCGAAAAAAGGUAAUGCAAGCUAAACCUGUAAUAGAUAACCGAGCUCCAGAAACUUACAUGCAUUUGCAUCUAAAACUGAAAAAGCUGCAGAUGGAGGAAGAAAGACUAGCUAUGGUAGAAAGGGAUAAUCGUAUUUUGAUGGAGAAGAUGAGUUACACUAUGAGAACGAAAGGACGCGUUGAUAUGUGGAAUUGCUAUGAACAGAAAAGUUUGAAUAAGACAAAAAGACAGAGAGAAUUACUGAGAGUCACGCACGAAAAUCAGGCAAUUUUGAAACGAAUAUCUUCCAAAGAACCGCAUUACAAUCAUUUAGUUUGGGAAGAUGAGUGGCGAAUGAAUCAAGGUUACAUGGCAAACAUAGCUAAAUAUCCACAGGAUUGGGGUUACACAAAAAAUUCUCUCAGGUAUUCGUCACAACCACAAUCGUAUCACCCCAUAGGCACAGGCAGCCAACGUACGACAAGAAGCACGCAAGACAGCACCGAUGCAAGAAACACUUGAAAAAUAAUUUGUUCGUUUCAUUGUUUUUUUUUAUUCAUUCACAAUAUACAUAAUAUCAUCCUGA